AUAUCUGUUCACUUGCAGAUGAAACUAAUAUGUAACAAAACAAAAAAGAAAUAAAUUAUAUUAUAUAGUGCAUAGAACUAUUUCGCACUGUUAAAGCGGAAGCACAAAAUCGUGGCCGCCAUUCUUAUUUAGUAACGUCUUUUAGGUGAAUAAUAUUCAUAAACAUUCUUUUUUAAGAAUGAAUUUGAUUUGUAGUCCUGUCUUUGUGAUUCUGUUAUAAGGAAGUAUAUAUUUCAAUAGCUGAUAUCAUUUUCUGAGCAUAAAAAAGUUACACGAGGCCGGCAGAUUAAAGCCCAAGUCAUAUAUUGACAUUGUUAUUAAGCGUGAAGACUUUUUAGUAGAAAGAAGGCGAAGGAUAGCACAUAAGACAAAAUGGGGAAGAUGUUAUCAAAGAUUUUUGGUAACAAAGAGAUGAGGAUUCUCAUGUUGGGUUUAGAUGCUGCUGGAAAAACUACUGUUUUAUACAAAUUGAAGUUAGGUCAACCAGUUACCACCAUACCAACAGUAGGAUUUAAUGUUGAAACAGUAACAUAUAAAAAUGUCAAAUUCAGUGUGUGGGAUGUGGGAGGACAGGAUAAAAUUAGGCCAUUAUGGCGACAUUAUUUUACUGGAACCCAAGGAUUAAUAUUUGUAUGUGAUACAGCUGAUCGAGAUCGUAUUGAUGAGGCAAGGCAAGAACUACAUCGUAUUAUCAAUGAUAGAGAAAUGAGAGAUGCCAUAAUACUAGUUUUUGCAAAUAAACAAGAUUUGCCUGAUGCCAUGAAGCCACAUGAAGUAACAGAGAAGUUAGGAUUAACAAGGAUAAGGGAUAGAAAUUGGUAUGUUCAACCAGCUUGUGCUACCACUGGAGAUGGACUUCAUGAGGGUCUUGCCUGGUUAACAUCGAACCAUAAAUCUUGACCUGUGUCUUGAUAGCAUUUGUUUUUUAAGGGAUUGCAUGGUGCACUUUGUGGAAAGACUGGAAAAAAAAAAUAAUAUUCAUACAGACCUUUUUUAUUUUUAAUUCAAAUAGGAAUAUCACUUAGUUUUAUAAGAGAUUGUAAACCUUUUUUCUCUUUGUUAAAUUUAUCCAUUUUGUUGAGUUUAUCCAUUUUGUUCAAAUUUGAGUAUAUGAAGUUUAUGAUGGAUGAACUUAGUGCAAAUAGAAAUAUACAUUUGUAUAAAGAUAGCAUAUCUGUAUAUCUUCAUUAAUUCAUAGUGUUUGUCUUGAUUAAUUAAAAUUUUCAAUGAUUAAUAUUCUAUUUAGUAUAUCACAUAGAAAGGGAAGAAUGGUAACUAAACUAUCAGUUCUGCGACAAAUACCAGUUGAAAUAGAUAUUAGGUUUUAAAACACAAUUUUACCCAAAAGGCCAUUUUUAGCAAAUUUUUCAUCUAAAGUUACGUAUUUUAGAAAAUAGAUAAAGAAAAAUAUUCUGUUCAAAAUGUUUGAUUAAUGCAAAUUGUAGGUUGGCCUGUCGAAGUAGACAUUAUUUUAAAUAAUAAUGUGAAAUUUAAUUGAUUUGUAUCCACUGACAUUGAUGUCGCUAGAUUAACUUAUAUCUUUCUUUUUUUCUAAAACACUAUUUAAAUACUUAUCAGAACUUUAAAAACACUAUCUAAAUAACAUUUAUCAAACCUUCUAAAACACUAUCUAAAUAAUAUUUAUCAGACCUUCUAAAACACUAUGUAAACAAGAUUUAUCUGACCUUCAUAAACACUAUCUAAAUAACACUUAUUUGCUUAUGCGCUUAAGUAAUAAGGUCGAUAGAUACAGAAUUCACCAUAAAACAAAAUUGGCUAUUUUCGGUAAUGCUUUGAUAAGUAUCCAGGUUAAUUUGUGCAAGGAAAUACAUUUUCACUUUUAACAUUACAGAAUUUCGAAACAAUAACACCCCUUUUUAUUGGUUUAAAUAUACUACAACUGGAUGAAAAGAUGUGCCAGAAAAUUCUGAUUGUGAAGAAGCAAACAAAGUGAAUUUCGUAAAAUAUGCCAAAUAUCACCUUUCGAUCCCCCUACAGAAAAUACACACAGUCCAUUUGUUGACAAAUUGGACCUAUUUAACACAAAUCCUCCAGUACGAUUCUAAGCUGUUUUCAUUGUGCUUGUAAUUCUUUUGCCUAGUGGACAUUAUUCUCAAAAAUAUCGAUUUAAAGUCUGGAUAAAUUUGUCAGAGGUAAUUUAAGGUGGGAUUCAAUAAAAAAAUUGGGAACAUUAUCUAUUAUUGUUCUCAAAUAUUAAAAAAAAAGUUACAUUUCCAAGGCGUGACACUUCCAGUGCACUUUAGAAUUUGUCCUUAAAAUGUCCUUGAAAACAAAAUCAUAUAUAUGUGAGAAAUUAAAAUAAAACGAAUCAUUGAUAUUAAAGGACUGUAGACAGUCUAGCAUGUAAUUACAUGUACAUUGACAAGUUGUAUUUAUUAAAGAAAAAUGUACAAAAUUUGUUCAAUUAAAUAUUCUUAAAAUGUAUUAAUGAACUGGGAAUGGGAGGAUCCAGUUUGAUGCAAUAGCUAAUUAUAAAACCGAAUCUCACAUUAUCAGUUUAUGCCAACCUGGACUUGACCUAAUUAGAGACAAAACCAUGCCCAAAGUAAUGCUACCACCCCUAUCCAUACAGAACUUUGUGAGCAGUUUUAACCCAUGGCUAUUUGGAUUUAUUAAUACAGAGAUUUUAUUAAAUAUCAAUAACUGCAAAGUAGAUGUGUUAGUUUUACUACUACUUGGUUUGUUGGAUUAGGUCAGUCUCUAAGAAAAAGUACUACCCAGUUAGAAUAUUUCAUAUGAUUAUGUAGAACACAAUUAUUAGAAUUUUCCAUCAAAUGCAGCCGAAAAUGUGAAUUGUUUGUGUACAUAAUGUCUUGUCUUUAUAUAUAUUUAUAUAUAUAUAUAUAUAUAUGUCCUUUUUAUACAAGUAUGUUUAAUAUUCUGUUAAGAUUUUAUAUUGUUUAAUGAGGUAAAUAAUAGUUUAUAUGUGUGUAUUGUAUAUUAUACUGAAAAUUAUUUAACAUUAACAUGGCAGAGCAAAUUUUUAUUAAAGUAUUGUAUGUCAUUGUACCGAUUAAGUCAAUAUCUUGUACAAAAAUAUAAUUCUAACUACUGUAGAUAGUCAUAUUGAUUUUUGAACCCGUAACACGGUAACAGGUUCCAUACACUUGGUAAUCUUUUUGUUUUUAAGGUAACACUGUUCAAAAAAAGCCUGAGGCUCUGGCAAUUCGCUUGCGAUCAACAUGAAACUACUUCUUUUGACAAUUAUGCUUUAAUUUUUUUUUUUUUUUUUUUUCGUAUGUCACAAUUCCCAUAUGACUGGGAUGACAUCAUGAGUUUUAAUUGAAAAAGACCUCAAUUCAUGUUGGAAAGACAGAAAACUUAGUAUGAAUGUUCCUUGAACUAAUAUGCAUUAAGUUAGAUUUCCUAUAUGUCGUCACAUGUUUAAGAUGGCACCGAUGACAUUGUCAAUUCGAAUCUGAUCGUAAUGUUACUUGGCAGGAUUGUUCUUGGUACAACUGUGCAUCAGAUUUUUGAUCAGGCGUCACAAUUCCAAAUGGUGGCGAUGGCAUCACAAAUAAAAAAAUACCUAAAGCUUAACUUUCUCUACCAUUAUCAAUGUCAAGAUGACCAUCUUAUACGUUGGAUCUGUUCAAUGACCUGCAUAGUUUUAAUUGUUAAUCACUGCAUUAUGUUUUGGUUCCUGGUACAUAGUAUGGCCAUACUUGUUGAAUAAUGAAAAGCACAUCAUGCAAGAAUAAAAGACAAGUAGAGUCAAUCGUCAUACUCAAAAGUACGAAAUAAGCCCAAGGACCCUUAAUUUGUCAUUUAUUUUGCAAAUUGCUAUUAAAUACAUUUUGUCUUUUAGAUCAAUAAGCACAUUUCUGUGUAAAAUGUAUUAUAUUACAACUAGUAAAUAUAUUAUUAUACA